AUAUUCGUGCACUAUCACACGUCGACUGCCAAUAAUAUUGAACAUUAUUUUUCCUCGCGAGCUGUUAACUUGUACGGGUGGACAGCACGACUCUUCUGCAGUGCAUUUGGAGCGGAGAGCGCUACGUCGUCGGACAACGGAGAAAUGUACGAACUACCUAGCCUGUUGAAAACGGCGUACUACACUUGCAACGAGAUCGAGCGUAACAAUUUUGACUUGUUGGAGGCACCGGACGUUGAUUUUCGAGAUUGUUGCGAGUCGCUGUUCGAAAUUUUAAAAAUCGACAAAAACCUAAACGAGGGCAACGAUAGGCAGACCAUGUUCAGCAGAUCGCGAUUCCCCGUCAAUGACCAGAGGUUUGAACACAUAUGCGAAAAAGCAGCGUUGCACGGCCACAUCGAUUGCCUGAAACUUGCUCACGAGAUCGGCGUCCCUUGGAGCAGUAUGUUAGAUUACGCCGAGGAUAUGGCGUGCAAAGCUGCGGGAUCGGGCAAUCUAGAGUGUCUCAGAUACGCCUCGGAGAACGGGUGCCCCUGGAACGAGGAUACGUGCAGCAGUGCCGCGGGAAACGGUCACAUCGAGUGUCUGGUAUAUUCACGGGAGAACGGGUGCCCCUGGAACGAGGAUACGUGCAGCAGCGCAGCGAGAAAUGGUCACAUCGAGUGUCUGGUAUAUGCACGGGAGAACGGGUGCCCCUGGAACGAGGAUACGUGCAGCAGUGCCGCAGGAAACGGUCACAUCGAGUGUCUGGUAUAUGCACGGGAGAACGGCUGCCGGUGGAACGAGGAUACGUGCAGCAGCGCAGCGGGAAAUGGUCACAUCGAGUGUCUGGUAUAUGCACGGGAGAACGGGUGCCGGUGGGACAAGGAUACGUGCAGCAGUGCCGCGGGAAACGGUCACAUCGAGUGUCUGGUAUAUGCACGGGAGAACGGGUGCCGGUGGGACAAGAAUACGUGCAGCAGUGCCGCGGGAAACGGUCACCUGGAGUGCUUGGUUUACGCAUGGGAAAACGAGUGCCCCUGUAACGAGAAGACGUGGAACAACGCCGCGAUGAACGGCCACCUAGAGAUCUUGGUUUACGCACGGGAAAACGGGUGGCCGUGGGACGAGAAUACGUGCAGCAGCGCAGCGGGAAACGGUCACAUGGAGUGUCUGGUUUAUGCUCGGGAAAACGGCUGCCCUUGGAACGAGGAUACGUGCAGCAGUGCCGCGGGCAACGGUCACCUGGAGUGCUUGUUUUACGCAUGGGAAAACGGGUGCCCCUGUGACGAGGAGACGUGCAACAAGGCCGCGAUGAACGGUCACCUAGAGAUCUUGGUUUACGCACGGGAGAACGGGUGCCGGUGGGACGAGAAUACGUGCAGCAGCGCCGCGGGCAACGGUCACUUAGAGUGCUUGGUUUACGCUCGGGAAAAUGGGUGUCCCUGGGACGAGGAGACGUGCAACAAGGCCGCGAUGAACGGUCACCUAGAGAUCUUGGUUUACGCACGUGAAAACGGGUGUCCCUGGGAUAAGGAGACGUGCAACUGGGCCGUAAGGUACGGUCACCUAGAGUGCUUGAUUUACGCACGGGAAAACGGGUGUCCCUGGGACGAGGAGACGUGCACCUGGGCCGCGAGGAGAGGACACCUAGAGUGCUUGGUUUACGCACGGGAAAACGGGUGUCCCUGGGACGAGAAGACGUGUGGCGGCGCCGCGUGGAUGGGUCACCUAGAGUGCUUGGUUUACGCACGGGAGAACGGGUGCCCCUGGGACGAGUUAACGUGCAGCUCCGCCGCGUACCACGGUCAACUGGAGUGCUUGGUUUAUGCACGGGAAAACGGCUGCCCUUGGAACGAGGAUACGUGCAGUUGGGCCGCGAACAAUGUUCAGAUUGACUGCCUAGCUUACGCUCGAGAAAACGGGUGCCCCGGGAACGAGAAGUACGACGACUAUCAACUAAAUUAUAUUAUUUGGAGGAAAUAAUAAAAUAAUUUAAUAUACAUAUUUACUAUAAUGA